UCCCCCAACUCUCUCUCUCUUCUUCCCACCUCUCAACCAUCCGCCAAUCCUGACAAGCAACCAUGGCACGCACAUCUGUGUCCUCCUUGGCGCAAGACAUCUCUCAUCACCUAAAUUUGAUCAACAGCCAGGAAAUCACCGAGAGGUCUACGCGGAAGCACCUCGAAGAAGAGCUCAGCACUGCUCCUCUGUUUUCAGCACUCGCCCAGCAGAUCGUCGAGAGCCAAUACCAGAACGAGAACGAAAACGAGAACGACAAUGAGAAUAAGGUGUAUUCUCAGUAUGGCCUCUUGGGACUGCGAAUGAAAGGCGGUCACUCGCAAGUCAACUAUCAUAACUUGAUAUACGCCAACGUUGCUGCACCCUGGUCAUCAUUCAUCUGCGGCAGUCAGGGUAGUGGUAAAAGUCAUACUUUGUCUUGUCUGUUGGAAAAUUCGCUGAUCAAAUCGUCAUCUGCUGGACGACUUUCUUCUCCUUUGGCCGGUAUGGUUCUGCACUAUGACAAGUUCACAGCGUUUGGCAGUACUCAGCUUUGUGAGGCGGCGUAUCUAUGCUCGUCCGGCAUCCCGGUGCGCGUCCUUGUGUCGCCAACCAACUACUUCGCCAUGAAGGAGGCAUAUGAGAACCUUCCGGGAUUGGGAGACGCGUCUAAGUUGCUUCGCGUGGUGCCCAUGUACUUGUCACAAAAGCACUUGAAUAUCAGCGUGAUCAAGACCUUGAUGGGGAUCAGCAGCGGGCCCAACCAGCCCUUGUAUGUUGAGUUCAUCAUGAAAAUUCUUCGUGAUAUGGCUCGAAGCAACCAAGGUCGCGGUCAUUUUGAUUAUAACGAAUUCAAAAUGCGGAUUGAAAACGAGGAGUUUGUCAAAGGCCAGACCCGCCCACUGCAAAUGCGUCUCGAUGUGCUCGAAUCAUUCUUCGAACCGGGAACUGUGAUGGUAAAAGGCAAAGCACCCCAGAAAGCUCUAUACGAUAUCUGGCAGUUCGACAAGGGAUCCUUGACCAUUGUGGAUUUGAGUUGUCCUUUCGUUGGGCCUGAUGAUGCUUGUGCAUUGUUUAAUAUCUGUGUGUCUCUGUUUCUGAAGGAUCGAAAGCAUACUGGGCGCAUGAUUGCUCUCGACGAAGCGCAUAAAUUCUUGACAGACACUGCCCCAGAAGCGGUCGAACUUACCGAGACACUUCUGUCUAUUAUCCGUCAGCAACGCCACUUGGGCGCGCGUGUGAUGAUAGCUACACAGGAGCCCACGAUGUCACCGGCCCUCUUGGACCUCUGCAACGUCACCAUCGUGCAUCGGUUCACUUCGCCUGCCUGGUUCGCAGCUAUCAAGAAGCACAUUGCCGGUGCGUCAAUGGGCGACGAUGGUGAAGCCAAAUCGGCCUUCUCUGUCCAACUUUUUCAACAGAUUGUGAAGUUGAAGACGGGUGAAGCGCUGGUUUUCUGUCCCACUGCGCUCCUCGAUCCUGUCUGGAUUGGAAGUGGCAACACUAGCACUGCCUGUUCCGAGGCUGACGGAGAUAGUGAUUCGGGCGUCGAAAUCAAUGCUCAAGGUGUUUCACAGUUGGGCCCGAGGUACUUUAACCUCAGAGUUCGAAAGAGGGUCACUGCGGAUGGUGGACGAAGGAUUAUGGCAUCGGACUGUUCCAGGAUCUCCGAGACAUUGCCAUGGUCCCUUUUUACCUUUUUUUUUUUUUUUUUUUUCGGAUAUUGGGCCCUGUCACCGAGACACAGAAUUGGUUGCCGGGAGUUCUUUCGUUAG